GCCGUGAGCGGCGUUGGCGGCGACAUGGCUUCGGAGCAGGACGUGCGCGCCCGGCUGCAGCGUGCCGGCCAGGAGCACCUCCUGCGCUUCUGUGCGGAGCUGGCGCCCGGGCCACGCGCCGCGCUGCUGGCCCAGCUGGAGUCGCUGGAGCCCGAGGCGCUGCGCGAGCACUGCCAGCGCGCGGCCGCGGCCUGCGCGCGCCCCCCGGAUCCGCCGCCCGACGUGGCCGCGCGCCUGAGGCCCCUGCCGCCGGAGCGCGUGGGCAGCUCGAGGCAAAGCGACCCCAAGACGCGGCGGCUCUGGGAAGAGGAAGGUUUCCAUCAGAUUGCCCUGAACAAAGUGGCCGUGCUGCUGCUGGCUGGCGGGCAGGGCACUCGCCUGGGUGUGAGCUACCCCAAGGGCAUGUAUCAGGUGGGGCUGCCCAGCCAGAAGACCCUGUAUCAGCUGCAGGCAGAGCGGAUUCGGCGGGUGCAACAGCUGGCUGACGAGCGCCACGGGACCCGCUGCACGGUGCCCUGGUACAUCAUGACAAGUGAGUUCACGCUGGGGCCCACGGCUGAGUUCUUCAAGGAGCAUGACUUCUUUCACCUGGACCCGGACAAUGUGGUCAUGUUUGAGCAGCGCAUGCUGCCUGCUGUGACCUUCGAUGGCAGGGCCAUCCUGGAGCGGAAAGAUAAGGUUGCCAUGGCCCCAGACGGCAACGGGGGCCUGUACUGCGCGCUGGCGGACCACCAGAUUUUAGAGGACAUGGAGCGCCGAGGAGUGGAGUUUGUGCAUGUGUACUGUGUGGACAACAUCUUGGUGCGGCUGGCAGACCCCGUCUUCAUCGGCUUCUGUGUGCUGCGCGGUGCUGACUGUGGUGCCAAGGUGGUGGAAAAGGCUUACCCCGAGGAGCCUGUGGGCCUGGUAUGCCAGGUGGACGGGGUCCCGCAGGUGGUGGAGUACAGCGAGAUCAGUCCUGAGACCACACGUCUUCGCACGCCCGACGGAGGCCUGCUGUACAACACAGGCAACAUGUGCAACCACUUCUUCACUCGAGGCUUCCUCCAGGUAGUCACCAGGGAGUAUGAGUCCUUGCUGAAGCCACAUGUGGCUGUGAAGAAGGUCCCGUAUGUGGACGAGGAGGGAAACCCUGUAAAGCCGCUAAAACCGAACGGGAUAAAGAUGGAGAAGUUUGUGUUUGAUGUGUUCCAGUUUGCUGAGAACUUCGUGGCCUUUGAGGUGCAACGGGAGGACGAGUUCUCGCCGCUGAAAAAUGCCGACUCGGCGGGCAAGGACAACCCCACCACGGCCCGGCGGGCCCUGCUCUCUCAGCACUACCGCUGGGCCCUGCAGGCAGGGGCCCACUUCCUGGACUCCCAGGGGGCCCGGCUCCCCGAGCUGCCCAGCCGGAGCAGAAAGUCUUGUGAUGACUUAGGUGAGCCUGCCCGGCAGUGGAGAGCCUCCCGCCAUCUGUGAGAUCUCGCCAGUGGUGUCUUACUCUGGAGAGGGUCUGGAGGUGUACCUGCGAGGCCGGGAGUUCCGGUCCCCACUCAUCCUGGAUGAAAACCAGGUCAGGGCGCUGCGGCCCUGACUGGCUCCCAGACCUGCCACCCCUGGAGUCUGCGGGUGAGGACAUGGCCCCCACCUGGGACUCCGGGGAGGAAAGCAGGCUGCUGUGUGUUUUCAGACCAUGGAACACAGAAGGAAGAGAACUGGUUUACUACUCCACGGGGGUGGACCCUAUCCUGUCACCACCAGUUCCCAUGGAUACAAGUGACCAUAGGCCUUCUGUGGGCCAGUGAGGACUCUGUGGCUCCAUUCUUGGCUGUGGGGGCCAGCGGGGGAGGUAGAGGGACUCAGGACUUUGGACAGUGGGGCUGAGGGAGGUGUGGCGUCAGCUCAGCCCUGCCUCUGAGCUGACGCAGGACUGGACGGCCGCUUUCCUGUCCCCCACGAAGAUCCCAGUGUUGGGGAGGAGUACCAGCCACGCCCAGCUCUUCUGUAGAUGUGCAGCUCGGGGCGGCCCCCUUCCCUCACAGGAUGACUUGUUUAGAGUGGGCUGCCCCUCCCUCCCUGGCAGAUGAACCAGUGACUGGGAUCAGGCCGGGGGCUCGGAGCCCAGCCUGCCCAGCUGAGGCCCAUACCAGAAAGGGUCCGACUCCCCACCAUAAAGGGCUGGCUGGGCUGACGAGAGCUGGCUCUCCGAGGAGCUGGGCCUGCACACCUGAGACUGAAUUCUCUGUCUCCCAGGCCUCAGCCCCUCGGUCACCUCGGCGACUGAUUCAGGCGGCUGAGUUUUCCUUACGUACUUCCUACAAGGACUAGUGGGACCAGUGUAGAUGGCUUCCUGUAAUGGUGGUCGGUUAAUCUGGAAUUUAACCAGAUAGGGAGCACCAUCUCUCACCCAGCCUGCCAGCAACUUCUGAUCUUGGUGCUCACAUUCCCCCCCUGCUCCAUGGAGGGAGAGGCACAGCCUCCAUAUUUGGGGUCAUGGACUCCUCACUGCACCCCUGCAGCCUGGCCGAGGCUGGAGGAAGCCAGCUGGCCCUGGUCCCUUAUCCUGGCUUUGCUGCUCUGGGCACCAGUGCCUCCUUUCCCCUGUGGUUACAACGCAGUAGCAUCUACCUGUCCCCGCUGGUGUGAUAGAGCAGCAUAAAAUGCAGCCUGCUGUUAAAUUGGGUCACCUGUCCCCCACAGCCCACAUCCUGCAGGGAACCCACUGGCUUCCCCAGAGGAAGCACAUGAUCUGUAUGCUGCGUUCAGGUGCAGUGGAGUCCUCCAGCGGCUUGGGGUGGAUGGUGGUUAUAUCCACACCUCCUGACCUGGGCAUGAAGGCAGAGUCAGGGCUGUGCCUGCGUCUCCCAGUCCUGUGCAAACCUCAGAAUCAAACCAUGUGCCUCCGGAUGCCCCGCUCGGCUGCUCCACAGGCCAGCAGUGGCCUAAGGCGAGGAGGGCCUGCCCAGAGCUGCUCCUCACUGCUGUGACCGGACCAGCUGUGCAUGCUUUUCUGAGUUCACUUAAAAAGCAACAGCUUGCUUUUUUUUUUUAACAGCUUGCUUUUUAAAAAACUUUAUUAUUCAAAUAAUUGUCCUUUCACAUAAAGUUUCAAACAGCACAGAAAGGCUCUGCGUCCCCUUCACUGUUUCCUGUGAUAUUUGCAGCUUAUGUGAUCCCAGGACACAGCACCCCACCAGCACGCUGGUGCUCAGUCACUGUCACAGGUGUGGGUCCCUGGGUCCUCGCUGCACUCAGGAGGCAGGCUGGGCCCAUCACCACCAAAACCUCCUCCAUGCAAUCUUGGUAGCCACCCCCAAUCUCCAACUCUGGACAACUGCCAAUUAAGGAACAGUUUUGAAAGAUUGCCAAAGUCGUUUUGUUCCCCAUAAGGUGGGGCAUUGCCAAUAAACCCCAUGUGCUGUGAUUGACCCGAG